UAGUCAUCUGCUGCUGCUGCUGCAGGAGACACGGGAGUGCUGAGCCAGAGCUGUUCAUCCAACCCUCUUGGUCCUUCUAGGCCAGCAGGAUGAAGGAGUCUAGGCAAACAUUUCUUAAUUUAUUCUUGCUCUUGCUUCUGCUGAAGACUUCCUCUUCCUCUCCCCCACCUCGUGGAAAAGACCCACGACCUCCUUCGCUCCCCUUUGGGCUGUACAAAGGACACACUUGUGUUGGAUGUGUGCUUGUGGUGUCUGUCAUCGAACAGCUUGCACAGUGGCACAACAGUACAGUAAAGGCAGCCAUGGAGAGGCUGUGUGACUACAUACCUGAAAAACUGCAAGGUUUCUGUUAUAUGCUUGCUGAACUUUAUGGACCACACAUAGCUGAACUCAUAGACAGGGAAAUGAAUGCUGAUGUGGUUUGCCAUUCCUUGAGGCUGUGUAAACAGGAACCAGGACAGCUGCUUUGUCAUCUCUACUCUCCUCCCAAGGUGGGACUGAGUGUUGCAAUAAGAAAAGCAAAAAGAAUUACGAAGACUUCCAAGGACCUGAAAAGCUUCUUGGGGUUCUCAAGUGUAUGUGCAUUCCCUCUUCUGGCCAACCUGUGUGAGAAGAUUAAAUAUGUUCUAAGAAAUAAACUGCCUUUUGAAGAUUUUGAUGGAGAUAAAUUUAGUACUUUCCCAACCUUGAGGGGCUAUCACUGGCGAGGCAGAGACUGCAAUGACAAGAACACGACCGUAUACCCUGGCAGACGUCCUGAUAAUUGGGAUGCAAAAAGUGACUCUAACUGCAAUGGCAUAUGGGGUGUGGAUCCAAAAGAUGGAAUUCCCUAUGAGGAGAAAUUCUGCAAAGGUGCAGACUCGAAAGGCGUUGUGCUCUUGGGAGACUCAGCCGGUGCUCACUUCCACAUCCCUCCGGAGUGGAUGACCAUCACGCAGAUGUCAGCGAAAUCAUUUGUUAAUCUCCCCAUGGCUUUCAGUGAUGAGCUUGACUGGCCCCAGUUCUCAGAGAUCACUGGAUUUCUGAAUUCCACUAUCGGAGGGUGGACAGACUCUCUGUAUCUACGCUUACGCAAAAGAAAUCGCUGUAAUCACAGAGACUUGCAGAACAUUUCCCAAAAUGGUGGUUCUUCAGGAAACAUCCUCUCUUUAAUAAAAAGCAUUCACUAUCUGGCAGAGGCACUUUUAUCUGCUCUAAUUCUCACUGCUGUUUUCUGUCGGUUUUCUUCCAAAACAUCUCUACAUCACAGCAUCAAGAGAGGCUAUCAGGCUUUUGGGGUGCCCUUUUGGGGAUUCCUGAUACAAGGUCGUAUUGGCAUCCUCUUCUUUAGGGAACGUGACACGCUGGCCCACAUGACCACGCCCAAAGAAAUGCUCUCCAAUGUGGUGCAAGCUCUGCAAUACCUGGAUUCCCACCUUCCAAAUGGUAGCCAUGUGAUUUUAACAGGCUUGGUAGAUGGUCGCUUCCUCUGGGAUAACCUGCAUGACAGAUACCAUCCUCUAGGACAACUGAACAAGGAUGUCACAUACAGUCAACUCUACACUUUCCUCGACUGCCUCCAGGUGAGCCCCUGCAGCGGCUGGCUGACACCCAAUGAGACCCUCAGGAAUCUGACCUCAGAGAGAGCAUUACAACUUUCCAAUGUCCUGAAAGAAAUAGCAAGAUCUGAGAAAUUUGCCAACUUUGAUAUUUUCUACAUGGAUUUCCCACUGAGACAAACGGCCGAGGAGUGGCGCAAGAUGGGAGGCGAGCCCUGGCAGCUGAUCGAGCCAGUCGAUGGCUUCCACCCCAACCAGAUUGCUGCAGCCCUUGGAACAGGCAUUAUCUGGCAGAGGGCGCUUCAUGAGUGGCCUCAAGUGCUUGGCAAGGCGAAUCCAUUCAACGACCAGAUUGAAGCCAUAUUCAAAGAUCAAGGUGGACACUGAUUUCCGAACUGCUGGAGCCCUCACGUGAUUUAUGGUGGCACUUCCACGAGUCAAGAUGAUAAAAGACACACACAAAGAAGGGGGAAGGGAAAGUCAUCAGAGUCAGUAGCAGUGGACAUGAUAAGAGCAUUCUUUUCAGUUUGUAUAUCACCUGCACAAGUAGGCUAUGCUUUUUCUGUGGAGCUACAAAAAUAAAAAUCAAAGUAUAGCUGCUAGCUAGACCAUUUAUUGUACCAGUCUGAAAAUGUGUAUUUCUUUAAUCCAUAUAUAGCAAACUCCUAGCCCUAUUUUUUUUUCUUCUCUAGAACAUUUCUAGGUUAUUUGUCGUGUUUCAACAGUUAAUUUGAUCCCCAAAGGAGAGGGAGGGGACCCCAAACUCAUUAUAUUGCUAUAAAUUGUAUGUAAUUGCCUUGACUGUCAAUACACUAUUUAGCUGUUUUUUACUUAUUAAAGUGCCAGGAAUAACAAGGCACUACAAUUUCAAUAUGCCUGGCAGCAUCAACACAGGCUGACUGAGCACAGACUCUCUUCCACCAUUAAUAAGAUAUUAAUAAACACUUCAUGUAUU